AUGCCACCCGGUAUGGGUCCACCCAUGCAGAUUCCCGUCAACCCCGCCAUGCAAACCUUACUCGACUCUUUACCGCAUCAUCCUGUACCCAUUUUCCUCGCCAAUGUUCAGAUUCCCAACUCUCAGCCGCCUCAGAUCAACACUAUUGCCGUGUGUCCGGAGCAUAAGCAAUCGAUCUGUGAAGCCUGUGGAGUCGACUUUAACGGUUUGAAUUAUAUGCAUCAAUUUCUGCGAGGUGCUCCAGAUGAAGCUAUCCCUCCCCCGCCCAAUGUCCAACCUCCUCCUCAACGAGCGGAGAUGAUCAAAAACAUGAAGGAACAGGGAAACACCGCGUUCAAAGAGGGCAAAUUCCCGAUCGCCAUCCAGCACUAUUCCAAAUCGGCAGACAUGGCGUUGUCAAGAGCGCCGUGGGAGCUAGCUGCCGUAUCGAGAGAGGAAACAGCUAUUGCUUUAUGUAAUCGCUCGGCUGCCUUUGCCAUCGCCGGUGCAUGGCAAAACGCUUUGGCGGACGCGGAAGCCGUUGUUGCCCUCAAGAGACCUUGGGGCAAAGGUCAUUUCAGGAAAGCUCGUGCUUUGCUCGGUCUGGAACGUCUGGAGGACGCUCGACAAGCCAUCAUUGACGGUCUGCAAUUUGAACCGAAUGACGAUGUAAGUCCACAUUUUCUGCAUUCCAGCGGUUCUCGCUGA